AUGCGUCUAAAGGAUUCCCUAAUAAACAUGCUUGGCGAAUUUGUUGGACUCAAUAAGACUCCCGACUUCAAAUUGCGCCAGCAAUCGACACAAUUUAUUGCAGAAGCUGUGGCUGUCGAAUCUCGGCAAUUUCUGUUCAUGUUUGAUCCAUCAGCAGUUGGUUUUUUUUCACCAUAA